AUGUCCAAGGAAGAGCUAAGCAGAGAUUUCCAGAUGAUGGACCUAAUCACCUGGGAUCUGUCUUCCCCACAAUUGCCUUGGGAACUAGAUUAUAACAAGAGGGCAGUGCCCAUAUCGUGGGCAGAGAAAACAUCUGCUCAGAAAGCCAUUCUCCCUAUCCCCUGCCUCACUGUGCUCAUCGCCUCAUGGGGGUUAAUAGGGAAUAGUAUUAUCCUCUGGCUCCUAGGGUUCCAAAUUAAGAGGGGUCCCUUCACUGUCUACAUCCUCAAUAUGACCACUGCUGACUUCUUCUUCCUUUUCUGCCAUAUUGUGAAUAUUAUGGGGAAAUUGCUUUUUUCUCUUGAUUCAAACCCAGCAUUUUUGAUACUCACAGAAUUUUGUGCCUCUUUGAGUGAGAACUUCCUGGUGGCCAUGAGCAUGGAGCUCUGUCUCUCAGUCCUCUGCCCUGUUUGGUACCGAUGGAACCGUCCUAAGCUUGCCACUGCCAUCGUGUGCUCUCUCAUAUGGGUCCUGACUGCCCUGUUGUCUGGAACUGAAUACUUCCUUUGCAAACAUUCCUCCUCUUCCAACGGCUGUAAAGUGUUUAUCAGAAGUAAUCACAUGUGGCUGCUCCUGCUCUUCCUGCUGUAUGUGGUCAGCCUGACCCUGCUGUUCUGCAUCCAGUGCAGCAGAUGCCGCUGCCCCAAAUCCUCCAGCCUCUGGGUCCUGGCAGUCCUCAUCAUCCUUCAGCUCUUGCUGAGCAGUUUGCCUUUUGUAACAGGCCAAUUCAAUAGUGAAUUCAAAGUCAUGAUUCUUCAAAGUGAAAGUGACUUUAACUUAAUCCAUAGUGAGUCUGACAGUGUGAUUUUUGAAACUGAAGAUGAUGUUGACAUUCUCCUGUCUUGCCUGGAAAACAGCACUGAGCCUUUCACGUACUUCUUCAUGAGCUGCUGUAAAAAAAGGAGAGCGAGGGAGUCCUUUAGGAUGCUUCUCCAGAGGACCUUGAUGGAUGAGGAAGAACUGGAAUGGGGCACAGAAAUAUUCUGUGAGUCUCCUGGGCUUGUCACCCUGACUCUGAGGACACUGGACAGGUCUUCGGAGGAACCCAUGACAGGUGACACUACUCCAUGA